UUAAAAAAUCAAAUCAUGACGACAAAUGUGUGGGUGGAACAGGAAUGGAAUGACUAUAAAUUAAAAUGGAAUCCAGAUGAUUAUGGAGGUGUUGAUACAUUGCACGUGCCAUCAGAACAUAUUUGGCUGCCGGAUAUUGUGCUGUAUAAUAACGCUGAUGGCAAUUACGAAGUGACAAUAAUGACAAAAGCAAUUUUGCAUCACACCGGGAAAGUGGUGUGGAAGCCACCCGCCAUUUACAAGUCCUUUUGCGAAAUUGAUGUCGAAUAUUUUCCGUUCGAUGAGCAGACAUGUUUUAUGAAAUUCGGUUCAUGGACGUAUGAUGGUUACAUGGUUGAUCUGCGCCAUUUAAAACAAACUGCCGAUUCGGAUAACAUCGAAGUUGGCAUCGACCUACAAGAUUAUUAUAUAUCCGUAGAAUGGGAUAUAAUGCGAGUGCCCGCUGUACGUAAUGAGAAAUUUUACAGUUGUUGCGAGGAACCAUAUUUAGAUAUUGUUUUUAAUUUAACAUUACGACGCAAGACCCUUUUCUAUACUGUCAAUCUGAUCAUUCCAUGCGUGGGUAUUUCAUUCUUAUCGGUUUUGGUAUUUUAUCUGCCAAGCGAUUCAGGUGAAAAAAUUUCACUCUGUAUAAGUAUUUUGCUAUCGUUGACUGUGUUUUUUCUGCUGCUCGCCGAAAUUAUACCGCCGACAUCACUAACGGUACCGCUGCUAGGAAAAUACCUGCUAUUUACUAUGAUGCUGGUUACGCUGUCAGUUGUUGUGACGAUUGCGGUGCUGAAUGUAAAUUUUAGAUCUCCUGUGACGCAUAAAAUGGCACCGUGGGUGCAGCGUCUUUUUAUACAAAUUCUGCCGAAACUGUUAUGCAUCGAACGACCAAAGAAGGACGAUGGCAGCGAGGAAGAGCAGCCGCCUGAGGUGCUGACAGAUGUUUUUCAUCUGCCGCCUGACGUAGAUAAAUUUGUGAAUUACGACACGAAACGUUUUAGCGGCGAUUAUGGAAUACCGGCUUUACCUGCGCAUCGUUUUGAUCUGGCCGCAGCAGGGGGCGUAGCGCCCUGCUUUGGUGAUCCACCCCUGCCCUCAGCACUGCCACUACCUGGAGCAGACGAUGACCUAUUUAGUCCAUCGGGCAAUGGCGAUUUAAGUCCAGGCUGUUGCCAAGCAGAUCUAAGUCCCACAUUUGAUAAGCCGUAUAUGCGCGAAAUGGAGAAGACAAUAGAAGGAUCAAGAUUUAUAGCGCAACAUGUGAAAAAUAAAGAUAAAUUUGAAAGUGUGGAAGAAGAUUGGAAGUAUGUUGCCAUGGUGCUGGAUCGUCUAUUCCUAUGGAUAUUUGCCAUUGCUUGCGUUGUUGGUACAGCGUUAAUUAUAUUGCAAGCACCUAGUUUGUACGAUCAAUCACAACCAAUCGAUAUACUAUAUUCGAAAAUUGCCAAAAAGAAAUUCGAACUUCUUAAAAUGGGUAGCGAAAACAGCUUAUAGCGUCCACUUGGGUUCGCAGCGGGCUGGUGGAAUUUAAUCACCAGCUCGAUGCGAACCCUGUUCGCCGCACGCGAUGAUGAUCGCGGAUAAUACCUGUACAACGAGAAUGCAACGGCGAACAAUAACACAACAAAUACUCGUAUGCAACAAUUAGGAGAGCAAUUGAUCAAAAUAGAAUUGCAGGAGAAUAGCAAGUUAUUAAAUGGGAGUGAGUGG